AUGAGUGAUAGAGUCCUGGGGUAUGACCGGGAGCAUGCGUCACCCUUUCCAGGAAGCAAGCUGAAGAACCUGAAAGUUCGAGGCUUCUGGGCGGUCGUCAUGAUAUCAGGCUUCUUCCUCAUAGUUGCCAUGGGCCACUUCUACUGUUCACUAUUGGUCCUCGGUAUUGCUGCAGGGAUGUUCCAGGAAAUUUGUAUGUUGAAGCGCAACAAGGAGAAGGACCUUAAACUGCCGCUUUUCUACUCUUUGCGAUGGUACCUAUUUUUUGUCACUAUUUUUUAUGGAUACAAGCGUUUCAUGAGCGACAGAUUCGACCGGCUAGCGAUGGUCUACCCGAGCAUUCACUUCAUCGUAAAGUACCACGGCAUCAUCUCGUACACCCUCCUGGUCAUGGGCCUCGUCGCCUUCGUCCUCACCUUGCGGAAGUACACACUUCGCUAUCAAUUCGGGCAGCUGGCCUGGACCAUCGUCACCCUUCUUACAGUCGUGGUGCAGGGCAUCGCUAUGACGGCUAACGUCUACAAUGGGCUCAUCUGGUUCUUCUUGUCGACCUCUGUAGUCAUAGUCAAUGACAUAUUCGCUUACCUAUUUGGAUCCUUCUUCGGAUAUCACCCGCUUAUCAAGCUGUCGCCUAAGAAGACCUGGGAGGGCUUCAUCGGUGGAUCCAUUGCGACAAUGAUAUUCGCUAUGAUCUGGUGUUCCGUCCUGCAGCAGUACGAAUACUUCACAUGCAAGCAGGAGGAGAUAGUCUUCAUGCCCUUUGUCUACCCUACUUGCACCCCUGAUGAUAUGUAUACUGUCCACCGAACGUAUACUAUCCCUCUAUUGGGAAUAGAGUUACACCUCACUGAUAUGCAGGUCCAUGCCUUAGUCCUGGGGAGUUUCGCAUCGUUGGUGGCACCAUUCGGUGGAUUCCUCGCAUCCGGGUUCAAGCGUGCCUUCAAAAUCAAGGACUUCGGAGACUCUAUCCCGGGCCACGGCGGGCUCACUGACCGUUUCGACUGCGAAGUGGUGAUGGGCAUGUUUACUUAUGUUUAUCUUUCUAACUUCGUCGUUGGCGAUAGUGCUACUGCGUUCACUAAUCUGCUGGAGAGGGUCAUGCAACUAACAGAUGAAGAACAGCUCCAGCUAUUCGAUCUCAUAGGGGACGGACUGAAAUCUAGAGGGGUUGUCAGAGGCUAACAGUAGGAUGACAGCUCCAGUGUGUGCCGAUUCUCAACGAACUUUUUAAAUUCAAUGAUUUUAUACAGCUUUUUUGCA